ACAACACAACUCCGGUUUGCCGUAGAGAGAGGCUCGCUUAUUGCUUGUCUGGCCAAAAAGGCGUAUUAAAUGGACAAUUGAUUAACGAUAAAGAGUGAAUUUUGUUUACAAAAGAAAUCGAAAGAAAUCGUGAUCUAAUCUAGAGAGGGAGACUGAGGUUGAAAAUCACGUUAAAACAAUCAAUAACAUCGGUGGUCUAUAAACAAGCGGAGAAGCCACACGAAGCCGACUGAGUCUGAGCACAGUCUGAACAACUUCCAAGUCAAAACUCGCGAGACACGAAACAAGAGAGUGGGUCGCGUUGUAUGUUAUGUGGAUUUGAGUUCAUUAGCAUAAUUUCCGCGUGCGUGAUAAUAAAGGCGAGAAAAUUACGCUAACAGGAAGUGGCGGGGUUGAGAAGACACAGAGGUCACUGAACCAUCACAAUCACACGAGACAUCGACGGAGUAAAUCUCGCGGGUAAAUUCUAUAUUAUUACAGAUCAAGACGAACUGCUGGAUCAUAUAUAGUACUGGAUAAUUUUUUUCAAAAUGGAAGUUCGGAUUGCUAUCAUGUUUUUGGCAAUCGUUCUUUCAACGCAGGCGGUCAACUUUCUCCCAUCAAUUCAGUGGACGCCAGACAAUCCUAUAUUCAACAAUCUCAAAGGCGAAGCACGUAAGGUGAAUAUAGACGACGAAAUACGAAUAUGGUGUCCGAAGUUCUACACGCAAGGCAUCAAAACAACGUAUCAACUUCAUCAAUCAAAACUAUACUUUGCUUUGUACAAAGUCGAAACGAAAGAGGAGUAUGAAAAUUGUGAUGCAAGGAAGGGGAAAAGGUUGCUAUAUUGCAACGAUCCUUCGGGAAAGAGCACAAAAGACACGGAGGAACGUCAAAUUGUGUUUAUGAGUAACCCUAUCAGUGAUUUCAAUGACCCGUAUCCGGCGGGAAAAAUGUACUACUUCAUUGGAACCUCGGGAGGAACGGAAGGAGAUAUCAACAGAAAAGUCGGAGGGAAAUGUCAAAGCCAAAACAUGAAGUUUGCCAUUUAUGUUUGUACCGAACAGGAAAACUGCAGCGUCGAUGUGUUAAACGGAGGUUGGUCUUUGUGGAGAGUGAACGAAGAGACAGGGUUAUGCGAGAGAAAUUGUAGCAAUCCAGCGCCACAGAAUGGCGGCUUUCCUUGCCAAGGACCCGAUAAGAUGGAGUGUUCAAAAAUAAUAAGUGGAAGGAAACGAAACCCUACGACCGAAAGAGAAGCUACGACAGAGAGGACAACCACUGUCGAAGAACCAACGAAAGAGACAACGCAAGAAACAACAAAAGGAAGUUCAAGGAGAGAAAUAGUGAACACAACAAAAGCAACUAAAAGGGACAGAAUCCAACACACAACAUGGCCUACAACUGUCCCAUCAAUAUCUGAGACAACCAAUUCUGAGAUAACUGAGUCUGUAAUGGAUGCACUAGAUGAUGAGCAAGAGCCUGAGGAAGGCGACAGUGAUGAUGUAACGUUAUCAAUGAAAGGUGCUGUUCUAACAUUUGUUGGUCUGUUCAUACUUGGUUGUGUCGUGGGAAUAGUGCAAGUGCUGGUUAUCCUUCAUGUAAGAAGUAAACGAUCAGUAAAACAACCAGAACCGCAAAACCCCGUGAGUCCUGUUUGACGUUGAUUUCAUCUCGAAAAGCGAGCAACAAGUCCUCCAACCAGCAGUGAGCCCUGAACAGGUUCGGAACAUGAGUUUGGGCAUCGACGAAGUUGUUCAAGAUUUGCAACGUCGUUAUUCACGUUUCUGUGGAUCCACAACGAUUCAAAUGGACUCGGAUAGAAUGAUCAAGAUACCGUUAUCAAAUAACCCAAAAGAAAUCACGCGAUCGUUGCAAAACUCGGUAAAAAUAAAGAGAUUUUAAAGACGUAUUUGAGGUCCAGACUUCAGACAUUGACAGAAAAUUUUAAUUUGGCUUUAAAUUUUCGCGCACUGUCCCGCGAAUUGUAUACUCGUUCCAGUAUCUUCACGCAAGAGCAGAGCUUAUAGUCGAUUAGAAGCAAUGAUUAGAAGAAUGAAUAGUUUCAGCAGAGAUAUAUUUUUAUUAGAAUAAUUUGCCGCAAAAGAGGGGCAAUUCAAUUUACACGCAAAAGUAGUCGGUUCUCUAAGAGAACGCAUAGUUGAAAACAGGACCAAUUUAGGCAAUAGGCAUUAAAUCAAGCAAUAGAUCAUGGCAAAUAGAUAGUAGGCAGGUAUUAAACCAUGUUAUGGUAUAGAGAUAACUUUAGCAGCUAAACGUUCGUUUGUACUUUGUACACGCAAUAUCAAAUCGCACCAAACUCACUAAGUAAAAUAAGUUAUGACUUUACACUAACCACGAAAUAAAACGUAAUAUUUAACUAAAUUAUGACAUCAUAGACCUAAUCAGCUACGCAGUAUUUUAUAUGCCUUGUUUUACCAAAUCCAAAAGAAUUUUUCUUUUCUUUUUUGGAUUCAAAAGUUAAUACAAUAUUGCAGUGCCCUGAACAAAUUUUCUUUUUAUUAACUCAAGCUUUUAAACUCGUACAAGAUUACGACUUAUUUCAAACGAAAAACGGGCACAAUUAUGCGUUAGCUAACUUGGUUUAUUCAUGCAUAUAACCAAAAGUGUCAAAACCCCUUGUAAAUAAAAUGUUAUAUAUAUUAGAGUUAUUUAGAAAUUAAUUUAUAACAGAUGUGUAACAGAAUUUAUGUAACAAAUUGUAAAAUUAAGUGAAGUAAAUAUUUCUCAAGGAAUUUUG